AUAUUUUAAUAUUUAAAUCUUUGAAAUGAGUAAAAAGAAUACUAAGCGUAAAUAAAACAACAAAACAGAGAAGGAUGACGAUUACAGUGACAUCUUUGAGGAAUAAUUACCUAUAAUAAAAAAAAAAUCAAAAGAAGAACAGCAAACAAACCAAAUACUCUUUGAAUCGAUCCGUAAUCCAGAAUAAGCAAAUCUGAUUCGUUGUCCAAUAGAAUCCAUCAAUAUUGAAUAGGUGCAUUAUAUUCAUUAAUUAAUUAGAUUCUCUAAGACAUUUUGUAUGAGUCUUCAAAAGAGUCUCAAUAUUCUAAAACACUUAAGCAAAUUCUUCUUAUGGGAUAAAGAGAAUUGAAAGACAAACAAAAAUAUUACUAAUUUAAAUGGCAAUCAUUAGGACACUCAAAUAUUAAUCGUCAAGAAUAUCAAAGAUAAGAACAAAUGUUAAAAGAAUAAUAAUCUAAGGAUAUAGCUGAAAUUUAAAAUAAUGUUAUUGCUGAAUUAGGAAGAAAACGAGUAAAAGGAUUUCAAUAAAGAGAAGACAUUCUUGAUGAAUUUCGAAUUAAUUUUAUGAAAAAAAGACAUCUCACUCCAGAUGGACCAGUAAUGGAAGAAUUCUAAUUUUAUGUUGAUCCUGAAGAAGCAAAUCGACUUAAGAGAGAUCAAAUUUAAUUAUUGGAGAAACUUAUGGAAGAAUCACAUCUUAUACCUGAAAAUCAUCCUACAGAAUUAAAAAGAUACUUUAGUCAACCAGAUAAUACAGGACAUCAAACACGUUAUUUAUAAAGAACUUAAAGUAAUUAUAUAUAAAGGUAAUAAAUAUUAUUUAUAUUAAUAGUAAUAAUGAAUAACAUUAAAGUGAUGUUUAGAAAUUAUAAAUAUUCCCUAAAUUAUAAAUUGAUAAAAUUAUCAAAGAGAAAAUGGAAAAUAUGACACCUAAAAAAAUUGAAGUAAUUGUUUAUAAAAUAACCCAAGCUUGAAGGAACUGCUCAAACUUGAUGAGUAAGAUUUUCAAGUUAUUCCAAGAAAUGUAAGAGUUAUGCUUUUGGAUUCAAAAUCUGAUGAAUUAUACACAGAUAAAGAUUUUUAAUUAGAUUAAGCUGAAAGAUACAUAGAAGUAUUUAAUUAAUUGAAAGUAUUAUAUCUUGUAUAUAAAGAACUAAAAUUUUUAUGAAUUAGAUCUAGAAAAGAUGUUAGAACUUACAAUUUAUAUUGUUAAUAAUACUCAUUAUUAAUAAAAAUUUAAAUUAUCUGAAGAUAGAAAAUAAGUCACUCCAAGAGAAUUAUUGAAUUAUAUUGAAAAAUUACAAAGAUAAUGA